UCACAAGUCCCUGAGUUCAAGCGCCAACCAGCACAGUACGAAUCUCACGUUCAACUUGUCAAUGUGGCCUUCACAUAUCAGCGCCACCUCAGCAGAUUACACACAACUCAGGUAUGGUCUGUACGAGUUUGUGGUGAUGCCUUUUGGCCUUUGCAAUGCUCUUGGCACCUUUCAGCACGCGAUGAACAGGAUCUUUCAUGACUACGUGGACAAGUUCGUCAUCGUGUACCUCGAUGACAUACUUAUCUUCGGUAGGACUGUCGAGGAGCAUGUGGCACAUUUAGACGAAGUCCUUAGUCUCCUUCGGCAGCACAAGUUUAAGAUCAACGAGGAGAAGUGCGAGUUUGGCCGUACCCGUAUCUUGUACUUGGGUCAUGAGAUUUCCACGGAGGGAUUGAAGCCCGAUGACGCGAAGGUGGCCAACAUUCGUGAUUUGCCGCGUCCUCAGUCCGUGACUGAGAUGAGAUCGUUCUUAGGGAUGACCGACUACUAUAGGACGUUUGUGAAGAACUAUAGCAUAGUGGCCGCCCCUUUGACCGAUCUGAUCCGCCUUGACACCCCAUGGGAGUGGACAGAUGAGUGUGAGGCUGCUUUCAGACAUCUGAAGCAUGCACUAACGCACUAUGAAGUCUUGAAGCUACCCGAUUCUGACAAGCCAUUUAUAGUAACCACGGAUGCUAGCCAAUAUGGCAUUGGCGCCGUGCUUGCGCAACAGGAGGGGCCAAAGUUGAGGCCGGUAGAGUACAUGUCCAAGAAGAUGCCGUAUCAGAAGUUGGCUAAGUCCACCAACGAGAAGGAACUCUAUGUGGUAUUCAAGGCGCUGACCCAUUGGAGACACUAUCUCCUUGGGAGGUUCUUCAUCCUCGGGACUGAUCAUCAGACCUUGAGAUGAAUGAGAACUCAGCCUAUACUCUCUGACGCAUUGAAGCAUUGGAUCGAGGUCAUUGAGCAGUAUGACUUCGAGCCUCGGUACAUCAAGGGCGAGUACAACAAGGUUGCUGAUGCCUUGUCGCGUAGACCUGAUUUCUCAGGUGCGCUGAUUACUGAGUUUCGAUCUUACGGGCGAUGUUACUCAAUCUUUGGUGGAAGCCUAUCGAGAGGACCAAUUCAUGUCUGAGAUCAUUCGCAGACUCGAGGCGAAGGAUAAACAGACUUCAGCCGA